GGGAAGUGGGGAUUUUCGGCUUUCGUGUUGCGACGGCGACGUCUGGAGCCGUGGGCUUGCGCGGCUAACACAAGUAAAAAUGGACAGGGGUCCAGGGCACACAGAGUGCUGGAUGGAUGCACGCUGAAGCGUUUUCAUGGUGGUGCUUUGCCCAUUUGCCCACGUCGCCCUGUGCCGUUCGCUAAGGGCCUCCUGCAGCCCAGCUAGUCGAGAUGGCGCCCGACCACCCAAGUGGGAAUGCAGUGAAAGGGCGAAAAGAGCAGCCUAGGCCAAGCUGAAAUCCACCCAGAUUCGACUUUGAUGUCAGGUCAUUUUGUGUCUCUGCAAUCUUCAAUUUUUUCAAUGCCGUUUCCUCCGUGGCUUUCUCUCAGCCUGUUCGUUUGUUCGUGCCUGUGAUUCGCGCACGAGAUUCCUUGCUUGGUGGCCGGGGCUCGUGCUAGGGUCGAACCUCGUUCUCGCCAGUCGUGAUCCAUUUUUUGCCGACCCAGCAGUGCCUGCACCAGCGAUCCUGGUCCCACCAACACAGCACAGAGGAGCCGCCAUUGCGUCCAUCCGCCAAACGUCGUCCACACGCGCGGCUGAGCCCAACAGAGAAUCCAUCUCCCACCCAUCCAUCAGCCCCGAUCACACCGCCGGCCAGCCUGCCAUCCUGUCCGCCCUUCCUGCCCGAUACCCACCGCCGACCUAGCAUCCCGCCCGUCCAGCUUUGCGCCUGCGCCGAGCCGACACCGCAAUAUCGCCAGCAGUAGCACCUCGGCUUCUCCCGCCACCCCCGGAACUAUCCGCAUCCUUUCGUGACCUCUCCGCUGGUCGUCUGGCGCGCACACCUCCUCAUAUGCACCACAUCCCUCGGGCUUCCUCGCCUCAGUCGCAAGGGGACAGCUGAAUCUCCCCGAAGCCGACCCGCGACAACCCUAGCGAUGACUCGUGAUAUCCACCUCCGUGCCUCGGAACCUCAGGAUGCGGACGACGCCGACCUGCUCGCUGGUCUCUGGGAGACGGCCGCCUUCCCGCGACUGCCUCGAGAUGCCCCAUCUGUGCUCCAAGACCUAGUCGAGGAUGUCGAGAACCCCAGACGGGUCUUUACCAUCCACCGCGCUAGCCGCCGGCACAACUUUCAGGUUCUCGUUCAAAAGUUCGUCGUGCAGUUGCGCGAUGGGUGCGGCUCGCCCACGUGCGAAACUCCCAUUUGCUUCAGCUUCCGCAAACGAAGCCUGGGGCGAGUGCCCAUCCGGCGCUACAACACGACCAGUGCCCGCACGAUCGCCGUUUUCUUAGCCAGCCAGGACAACCCCGAGAGUGCUCUCUGCCCAGCCCUCCGACCGCCCAAGACUGCCCCGGCCGCCCUAGAAUUUCUCCAUUUCGCGACCAGGCGCCAGAAUGGCUAUGCUCGUAGCCUUCACCCUAAAGCUUAUCCGGGAGCCGCCCCGAGAGACGCCAGGCAAGGCCCCGCCCGCGAAGGAAUACGAGAAGGAGCCACUCCUGGAGAGGCCGCUCACGAAAACAUGAGGGCUCGGCGGGCCCCUGCGAAGUUUACUGUGGAGGAGAAGCAUGUCAACAAAGACCCCAGGUCCUUCGCCGCCAACAUGUUCGGUACCGUCGCCUUCAAGAUGCUGGAAUGGCUAACGCCUGCUAGUAUGGACGAGAUGUCGCGGAAGGCGCGCGAGUUCCACGGGCAGCCUCCUCCAGGCCGCAGCAGGGCUAUGGCCAGAGAGUCCAGGUCCAUCUUGCCCAGGACAUCCCUUGAUAACAGCCAGACGGAACGCGAUACAAAGCCACUCGGUUCUGCUCAUAACGGUUACGUGCCUGGUGUGCAAGAUGCCAAGCCACCCUCAACGGUCGCAUCCGCGUCCGUGUCGGCUGCCAACUCGGCCUGCACUUCCACUACUACGUCAUCUUCUACAUCCUCGUCCUCUCCCCCGCCAUCUGCCACUGGGAAGCCGCCGGGAGAUCACCGAACGGCAGAUCCUAACAGUGACAAAUCGAAAGGCGAUAAAUCCGUCUCCAUGAACAGCCACCCUGCCCCGCAGUCGAGGCCGAGCAGCCAGCGUCGGAAUUCGAACGCGCGUGUUCGAACAUCCUCUACUGCAAAGUCGAAACGAAAUCUCUCCAUCGACGCGUUUUCAAGCGAACAAGGCGCGACCGAGGAUCUUUUUUCGACGCUCAAGUCACCCCGUUUACCUAACCUGGCCCAGGAGAAGGGCGCGAGGCCAUCGCUGAAACCUGCAACCUCAGCCAUUCCAAGACCUAUCUCCCAGCUAUCCAACUCGGGCAUUCUCGACGGCGUGCCUCUGGAGACCAUGCCACCUCUAAAGUCCAGCGCCGCGGGGGAGUCGCGGCCAAAGCCGGGCCGUGGCCAAAGCGACGGCAAUGAGGGAGCCAGGGCUGAUAGCCACGAGCGGCUUGUUCACUCCCCUGAGGCCAGUUCAUCCUCGGACAAGUCAUUCUGCGAGGCGUCACAGUCCGAGGUGGACGAGGCAUUCGAGCGUGCGUACAAGGCUUUUCUUCCUCAGUCCCUCAGCCGGCUAAACCCCGAGAUCGUGGACCUGUUUUGCGACAUUCUCCAAGACGACGGCACGGCCGAGUCGCACCUUUUCGAGCCGAGGUAUGUCAUGCGAUCCGACCCGGUCAGGGAAGGAGUGUCGCACAGAACAAAGUCGCUGCAGAGGAAAAUACCCACGCCCAUACCAUAUCCGGCAGACCUGCACUAUCGGUGGAUGAUGUUUGUGGAGCAGACCUUCUUUUAUGUGCUCAGCGACCCCCGCCGGCUCAUCAAGUCCUUCACCAAGAAGGGCCAGCUCUUUGACUCGCAGACACUGUGGUACUGCAUGCUGAGGAUGAGCCGCGUGGCACCCACUGUCGUGAUACACAGUCUGUGGAUGGCGGCCGAGGCCUUGUUCAUCCCGCCAAAGUCUGUUCAGUCCCUGAGGUCACCCAAUGCGAGGCUGUUCCCCAAGCAGGACAACACGCUGUCCGAUGCAGAGGCUGGCGCGCUGCUGUCGAUAUGUCUUCAUCUCUUGAUUGCCGUUGCCCCCGUGACGCUCAGGAAGGAGGAGCUGCAAGACAUGUCGCGCAUCCGGUCACACGGCUUAAUCCUGGCCAGGACCGGCGCCGUCGCGAGGCAGACUACUAAGUUAUGCCUUGCCUACAACGACGCCCUUUCGAACGACCUGGCGAUCCGAUUGGCCAGGAGGCUCUUUUCGGCCAUUCCAACACGCGAAUACUACAGCCAGAUGGCCGCCGCAAACAUGGUCUCUGCGGACGGCCAGCCGGAGGAGUACGAGAUCCUCACGCCGCUAUUUCAACAACUAGACUUCCUAAACGCCGAUACGCUACAUGGGCUUCUAUUCACUAUCCAGAACCGGGCCGUGCAUGAGAUCCGGGCGCCCACCCUUCUCCUUGAUUGGGCCAGAAACAUCAUGCUCCUGGAGUGGGAUGGUCAGCCCGAGGUGCCAGGGGACGGGCCUUUCGGUGGCGCCCUGGCGCUGAUCAAGGCCAUGUAUCACAAACGACGGCUUCUGGUCCUCGCCGACGGCCAGUUCCGUGCAGACUAUUUCGCGGAACGACUGGACGAAGUCGAGGUGCCUGUGUCGUGGCUGUCAUUCAAGUCGAGCAAACACAGACUCCACCUGCUGGAUUUCCCAUACAUCUUCAGUCCCUCCAAGUUGGUGUCAUACUUCCGGUCCAUCAACUUCUCACGAAUGAGCCGCUCCUUUGAGGAGUCUAGCUCGCUGCAAGAGCGCAUGAACGCCAUAAUCCCCCCACGUGGCAACCUCAUCAUCAACCCACACCACAAGCAUGUCUUGCAAGACAUGUUGAAGGCCGCGUCGUCCAAGUACCUGGUCCUCAGUAUAAGGCGAGACAGUGUAUUGAUGGACACGUUUGACCAGCUCUGGCGAAGGGAGGAGCGCGAGCUGAUGCGGCCGCUGAAGGUGAAGCUUGGCGAGGAAACGGGCGAGGAAGGGUUUGACUCUGGAGGAGUGCAGCAGGAGUUCUUCCGCAUGGCCAUGGCCGAGGCACUCGACCCCGACUUUGGGCUGUUUACGGUUGACGAGCGCACAAGGAUGACGUGGUUCAACCCAGCCUCACCAGAGCCGGAUUUCAAGUUCGAGCUCAUCGGACUCCUGUUCUCCCUAGCCGUCUACAACGGGCUAACGCUCCCGGUCACCUUUCCCGAGGCUCUGUACUGCAAGCUCCUAGGCGAGCCCGUCACUGACCUACAUCACAUAUCGGAUGGCUGGCCGGACCUGGCGAGCGGGCUGACGACGCUGCUCGACUGGGACGAGAAGGACGGGGCGGUCGAGGACGUGUUUUCGCGCACGUACGAGUUCUCCAUCUCGGUAUUUGGGGAACCGGUCUCGCGAGAGAUGAAGAGCGGCGGCGAGGCGCGGUGGCCGUCCUUCCCGAGCAAGCACACGUUUGGCGGGGUGUCUUCCGCGAGCGCGUCUGUGCCGCUCCAAGACGGCAACCCGCAGGACGCACCGCUGGUGACGCGGGAGAACCGCAACGCGUACGUGGCCGACUACAUUCGGUACCUGACCGACGUGAGCGUGCGGCCGCAGUUCGAGGCCUUCGCGCGCGGGUUCCGGACUUGCCUGGGCGCCAAGGCGCUCACGCUGCUGACGCCGCGGCUGCUGCGGUCCGUGGUGGAGGGCGUGCAGGAGAUCGAGGUGUCGGAGCUGCGGCGGCACGCGCGCUACGUCGGCUGGGACGCGUCGCACCGCACCGUGCGCGACUUCUGGUCCAUCGUCAAGAAGUUCGACGACGGCAUGCGGCGCAAGCUGCUCGAGUUCGUCACGGCCUCGGACCGCGUGCCCGUCGGCGGCAUGAAGAACCUGCAGUUCGUCGUGCAGCGCAACGGCGAGGAGGAGGGAGACGGCGGCCACCUGCCGACGGCCUACACGUGCUACGGCACCCUGCUGCUGCCCCAGUACCGCGACAAGGAGGUGCUGCGCGAGAGGCUGUGCAUGGCGCUGGAGAACGCGCAGGGGUUCGGGUUUGCGUGACGGGUUCGGGACCUGGGUGUUACCUUAAUUUCCCUGGAGG